AUGGACAACGCUAUUGCAGGGGCCGUAGCGUACCGGCGCCACGAUUUGCCCGCUGGGCUCGCCAUCCCCGAAGCGAUCAUGACGGCUUCGUCUUGCCGCUGUCAGCCCUCCCCCGGGCCGAUGGUCAAACGCAUGUGUGGCUGUCGAUCUCCAGGCCCACCAGUUCGCCCGGCAAUGAGCAGUCAGGCCAUACGGCAGGACUACCCUUCAGAGCGACGUGCAGGGGUGCGAGGCCUAGCAGCCGUUGGUGAUGUGGUUGGAAAGGCACCGCGUUCCACAGACUUCGAGGCCCACAUUCCUCGCGCCAAUACGCAUCGCAAGAACCCACACCUGGCGCCCACGGCAGGGCAGCACCCAGAUCACCACCCCCCAGCGCGACCGGGGCCCGCGUCUAUCACAGUAACGGCGUCGUUCUUUGCGGAGGGUCCUUCAUCAAGUCACGGUCUCACCAGAACGUGCAUGGAUCGCCAGGGCACUGUGCCUUCAGGCUCCGCUGGGCGAAUCUGCAGGUCCCGCGGGGUGGCCAGGAUCCGAGACCAGGCUCUGGGGUGUCACAGAGGGAGAGAGUCUCCAAUAUUAGCGACGGGCCAAGUCACUGCUGUCUCUGAUGGACUGCACGGUGCAGAGCUGGCAGGCAGACGCCGCUCGAGCCAAGCGCCGGUGCGAGCGACAGAAUCCUCCGUUCUGGCUCGUCGCCGCGUCCAUCAACACCAUGGCCUCCCAUGCAACUCUACGCCAUGGCAUGAGCCGCGCUUAGGGCUAUACGCAAGCACUCAGCUCGAGCUAGGCGUGUCGCAAGCAGCUAGCUAG